AUGAGCACUUCACUGUGUUGGCAUUGUCCAGUGUGUACAGUGUGUAAUAAAGUCUCUGGUUCUGUCUGCAGCUGUGGAUCAUUGGACCCCUCCCUCCUCACCCCCUCCCUCCCCCUCUACCCGCCUCCCCCUCUGCGUGUGGCCUUCACCGCGGCGCGCACUGCUAACUUUGCGCCCGGGAACCUGGACCAGCCCGUGGUGUUCGACCAGCUGCUCUGUAACCACGGCGACGCCUACGACCCGCGCCUGGGCCGCUUCACGUGCCCCGCGGCCGGAACCUACGUGUUCCUGUUCCAUGCCCUGAAGCUCGCCGUCAACGUGCCGCUGUACGUCAACCUCAUGAUGAACCAGGAGGUGGCGGUCUCCGCCUACGCCAACGACGGAGCACCCGACCACGAGACCGCCUCCAACCACAGCCUGCUGCGCCUGGCCCGAGGGGACGCCGUGUGGCUGCGGCUGCACCGCGGCGCCAUCUAUGGCAGCUCCUGGAAGUACAGCACCUUCUCUGGCUUCCUGCUCUACCAGGACUGA